AUGUCGGAGAAAUCCAUAACGUCAGCCACUAGUAGGCAAAGCACAAUCUUAUUGGCUCUCUUCCCGUUGCCCGGCACACUGAGCCUGCCGAGCUUGAGAGCUGAUAGCGUCCAAGCUGACGAGUCCAUAAGCCAAGUUUUCGAGAUUGAAAAUAUCGUUCGGAUGGACAGGGUGUACCGAGAAAUCCAGUCAUCCGCUAGAAGAAUCUCCGCACGAUCCGAACAAGGGCUGGUCGUGCAAGCGUUAAGGAUCCGAUGA